CCAUUUUGGCUCAAGCCAUUUUGGCUUAAGUGUUUGAGGGUCAUGUCACAUAAGAUCUCGGUGUCUGUGCGGUUGCGACCGUCUCGAGCAGAAUCUGGGCCUCCCCUCAUUUCAGCGGACCAGCGCGGUGUGGUAGUGCUGAAGAAGGGGGCGGUCGAGACGGACGAGGCGGCCACGACGGAGCACAAGGUGUUCGAGGCAGUCGAGAACGUGGUGACAGGCAGUGAUCAGGAGCAGGCCUUUCGGGCGAUCGCAGCUCCGCUUCUGGCUCGGCUCCGCGAUGGCUACUCCUGCACCCUGCUGGCGUAUGGGCAGACGGGAUCCGGCAAAACGCACACGAUGUUCGGGCCGCCGGGCUGCCUGACGGAGGCGAGCCUCGCCGGGUCGGGAGGCACCACCGCGGCACCAACGGCGUGGGGCAUCUUUCCUCGGAUCGCGCUGGAGCUCAUGCAGAGCGGCGGGGGUGCGCUGUACGCUUCCGCCAUCGAGGUGUACCAGGACGCCGCUUACGACCUGCUCGCAGACCGCGCGCCCCUUCAAGUCGGCACAAAGAGCGUUGGCCGUCAGGUCGGCGGAGGCGGCUGUGUCAUUCCCGGGCUCGAGGGAGGGAAGGAGGGAGCUUCGGGCACCGCGCAUGCUGGUGUGCACCCUGCGCAUUGCCAGUGCAGCAAGUGCUUCAAAGCGCAGGAAGCGGAGAAGGCUGCUCGGGAAGCCAAGCGCAACGCCUUGAUCAACGGAGGGCGCGAGGUGGUCAAGCGUGGCACGGCCGCCCCGUCGUUGGCCAGUGCGCCUUCGUCCAAGGAGCCCUCCACGUUCGCUACAGUUGGCGAGAAGUUGAUACCGCUCACAACUCCAGUGGAAGUGGCUCAGUUAGCGCUCACGAUCGAGAUCACGCGCACCGCAGUGGGACACGCAUUGAACGCUCGCUCUUCGCGAUCUCACUGCCUGGUUCAUUUGUUCUGCGUGGAUCGCCAACAGGGUCAGGUGACUAAGAAACGGCUAUUGUUCGUGGAUCUUGCAGGGUCCGAACGUAUCCUCAAGACCGGGGUGGAGGGCGUGGCGGCCACGCAGGCAAUGGCAAUCAAUGGAUCUCUCACCGCGUUGGGCAAGGUGAUCAGGGCGCUGGGUGCCAACGCCAAACACGUGCCGUUCCGCGACUCGGUGCUCACGAUGCUGUUGCGCAGCUCCUUGGACGGUAAUGCCGCCACGUCAGUCGUGAUCAACGUGGCCUCUGAGCCGCAGCACUACGAGGAGACGAUGCGCUCCUUGGAGUUUGGGGAACGGAUGGCGGGUGUGAAGACAGUGGCUACCAAGGUAGUAGGGCAGCGCUGUCUGCACAAAGCCGAGGUCGACACUCUUACGGAGGAGCUCCUGAAACUGCGCUCCGAGAUAGCCGAGAUGGAGUUGGCGGAUUUGGACCUCGGCGAUUUUCAUCCGGCCGCCGUCCCCUCCGAAGUGAAGUCGUUGAAGCUCAAUUUCAGGAAGCAUGCUCGACUCGCAGCACGCGCGAAGGAGGCGCGCGCACAGCUCGCCGAGGCGAGGGCCGGCGGGGCCGCCGACGUUCCAGCCUUGGAGGAGGCUGCCGCCCAGAGGGAGCAAAUGCGGCCAAGCAGUUCGACCUCCUCGAGAUGCAGAAGACGGCCCCUGCCGUCAGAGGUGGGCCUCCCAUCUGGUCUGGGCCCAACAAGGCGUACGUGUCCAAAGCUGCUCGCAUGGCGGCGGUUCAGGAGGCACUGA